CCUCUUUCCCUUUCAUCCCUAUCCUUCCCCCCGCUUAUCCAACGAUCCACCAUUGCGUCCUUACAUUCGCGUUUUCUGGCUCCCCGAAGCAGCUAUUGUACUCCCUCUUAAGUCUACGUCUGCCUUACUUUACGCGUCAAAGUGCUCUAUUCCUCCUCCCUCCCCCGUCUGCCCGCGCAUUGCCGCCAUGUCCACUUCUCCCUCACACGCCCUCCCCCUCUGGUCCGCCGUCACCCUCGCCUGCCUCGCUCUUCUCUCGCUCUCCAUCCUCCCCACCACCUCCGCCGCGCCCGCGAAACACACCACGGCACCCAAGGACCUCAUCAACGCCAUGUCCAUCUCCGAAUCCUCCCCGCUCCCACUCCAGCUCCAAAUCGAGGCCCGUGUCGCCGGCGCGCAGAAACUGGCCUACCUACCGACGACCGGUCCGAGCAUGGAUUUUUACUAUCUCAACUACCGUCCGACCUACCGCGCCGGCGAGAGCACGAUCGACUUUUGGAUGUUGACGCCUGAAGGCUCAAAGGCACCCAGGUCCGGAUCGCUGGAACUCUAUGACGAAUUCGGAAGGGUCCGUCUGGCGAUUUUAGCCCCGGAGGGGACCGAGAUCCCUCAGGCGAUCGCGAACAAGCAUGAGCCUUUCCUCUGGAAGAGCUGGAAGGUCCCAAGGACACUCCAGUCUGACUUUGAUUUCUCGGAAAAGUUCAGGAUCAUCCUCAGGACCUCGGAGGCUCAAGAAUCUGUUGCUUCGGUCGUGGCCACGAACGAGAAACGAUGGGAUUCGGAUGAUACGCUGGUAGACUUUUUGUUGGUCCGGAACAAGAACAAGAACAAGAACAAGAACAAGAAUGAGGGCGACACCAACGCCAACGCCAACGACAAAGACAACGACAGCGGUAACGACCUCGCCGCGACGAAAGAUCCGAAAGUAGUCCAAGACCGCCAGUUCCGGAUCAAGGGCUUGAAGGCCACUCCGGGCGGGAAACCCAACCCUGCAAAGAUGAACGUGAACAGCGUCGCGGUUCAGACCACGACAGCCUUACUCAUGCACACGAAUAGUGUUCACAGUUAUAACAACCAUAACGACCCUAGCCGCCACAACACCAACGCCAACCCGGACUUGGACGCCGGCAAGUUUGCUCAUGGUCAGACUAGCAAGGCCGCUACCUACCCCAAGAGCUCCGACAAGCCCUUGUCCGGUGCUGCUUUCCCUUCACACAGACUUGUUCCUGCGAUGACCUUGUUGGUCGUCUGCCUCAGUGCCCUUGCCUCGCUAUGCUAACAGAAAAGGGUGGGGGCGAGAGCGUUCAUAUAACCAUUAUUCACUAUAUCCCUCCCUCAGUUGUACUUUUAUUUUUGAAGAUAUCAUUCUUUUUUAGCUUUGCUCGCAUAUUCAUAUCUUUGCAUUUUUAUCGCCAUAGCGAAAGAAUUAAUAAAAAAAAUUUAAUUUUUUUUUUGGAGG